AUGAAGAGCUUUUUGAACUGCGAACUGGCUCUGGAUUGGGCGCAUAGGACGGUGAGUCACACAGUGCCUGGCCGGGGUCCAACUCUGAACACCAACUCUACUCAACUCAAGGGCAGGCAGGGAGCCCCAUCCCAGGACCCGCAGGCGCCUGCGCCUUGCCGCGGCCCCGCCCUCUUCCAGCCUGACAUCCGGGGCUCGGGCAGGGGCGUGUUCGGGGAAGAGGGGCGGGAGGCAGCGGAAAAGAAGGACGUCGUGGGAGGCUGGAUCAGCGGACUGACUUGGAUUCUGAGAGACUCCCUGUCCCGGACCGCAGGUAACCAGCGACUCCGUCUCACUCCCCUGCCCGGCUCCGCGCCGCGCCCCGACUCCGCUGUCUCCCAUCACCCCCACCCCCCCCCAUGGAGCCGCCCGGGACUCCUGCCCGCGGUCGCGUCCCCGCCGCUCCGGUCCGACCCGGCCCAGCCGCAUGGACAACCCACAGGCCGCCCCGGCAGCGGCCACGGCCGGCUAGGGCGUCAGGCGAGGGGACAGGUCAGGUGCUGGGCCGGAGGGAGCCUCCUACCCCGCGAGGCGGCACGCCGGGCCCGGGCGCGUCUCGACCGCCGAGCCGGGGAGCCCCCACCUCCGGGGCCCGGUGGCAUCGCGGGGGGGAGCCGAGGAGGGGAAGAGGGUGGUGGGGUGGGCAGUGUCAGGCCGAUUUGUUCAGGGCCAGAGGGUUCGCCUUCUGCUACCUGCUCCCCGGGCCAGCCACCCGCCCAGGCUGGGGUGCUCGGGGUAACAGCUGCCUCGGCCAGACAGCUGCUCCUGCCGGCCCUCCUCCCCACACCUGGCCUCCGGGAGGUGCGCCUUUGCCUUCCUCACCGAGCAUCUGCACUGUGGAGACUCCUUCCGUGGCGAGAGGACGGGUCUGGACCAGGCCUGAGGCUCCGAGCUCUGUCCAGUGGUGGGAGUAUCACGUCCCCUCCUCUUUCUCCAGCUUUGCCGAAGUAUAAGUUAGCAGACUAUCGUUAUGGUAGAGAAGAAAUGUUAGCACUUUUCCUUAAAGAUAACAAGAUACCUUCAGACCUUCUGGAUAAAGAAUUUCUGCCUAUCCUACAGGAGGAGCCCCUGCCUCCGUUGGCUCUUGUACCCUUUACAGAAGAAGAACAGAGAAACUUUUCCAUGUCUGUUAAUAGUGCUGCUGUCCUGCGAUUGACAGGACGAGGAGGAGGAGGAACAGUGGUGGGGGCUCCUAGAGGUCGAAGUUCUUCAAGAGGGCGAGGCAGAGGCAGAGGUGAAUGUGGUUUCUACCAAAGAAGCUUUGAUGAAGUAGAGGGUGUCUUUGGUCGAGGAGGUGGCAGGGAAAUGCAUAGGUCACAGAGCUGGGAGGAAAGAGGUGACAGACGUUUUGAAAAACCAGGACGAAAAGAUGUAGGGAGACCAAAUUUUGAGGAAGGUGGACCAACAUCAGUGGGAAGAAAGCAUGAAUUCAUACGAUCAGAAAGUGAAAAUUGGCGCAUUUUUAGAGAGGAACAAAAUGGAGAAGAUGAAGAUGGAGGUUGGCGACUAGCUGGAUCAAGAAGGGAUGGAGAGAGGUGGCGGCCGCACAGUCCUGAUGGCCCUCGUUCUGCAGGCUGGCGUGAACACAUGGAACGACGGCGAAGGUUUGAGUUUGAUUUUCGAGAUCGGGAUGAUGAACGGGGUUACCGAAGGGUGCGCUCUGGCAGUGGAAGCAUGGACGAUGACCGGGACAGCUUGCCCGAAUGGUGCCUAGAGGAUGCUGAAGAAGAGAUGGGCACAUUUGACUCCUCCGGAGCGUUCCUCUCUCUGAAGAAAGUCCAGAAAGAGCCGAUCCCAGAAGAGCAGGAGAUGGACUUCCGGCCUGUAGAGGAAGGGGGGGAGUGCUCCGAUUCUGAGAGCAGCCAUAACGAAGAAGCCAAAGAACCUGAUAAGACAAAUAGGAAAGAGGGAGAGAAGACAGAUAGAGUAGGAGUUGAAGCUAGUGAGGAAACAUCUCAGACCUCAUCAUCAUCUGCUAGACCAGGUACUCCUUCAGACCAUCAGCCUCAGGAAGCACCACAGUUUGAGAGGAAGGAGGAACCCCAAACUGAGCAAACAGAAAAAGCUGAGGAGGAGAGUCAGACGGAAAAUAGCCUGCCAACCAAAGUGCCCAGCAGAGGGGAUGAAACGGUUUCUGAUGUCCAGCAGUCCCUGUCCCAGAUUCCUUCAGAUGCAGCCUCUCCCCUUCUCAUACUUCCACCUCCUGUUCCCAGUCCUCGUCCUGCCCUGCGGCCAGUUGAAACGCCGGUCGUAGGUGCUCCUGGUAUGGGCAGUGUGUCCACAGAACCAGAUGAUGAAGAGGGCCUCAAACAUUUGGAGCAGCAAGCUGAGAAGAUGGUGGCUUAUCUCCAAGAUAGCGCACUAGAUGAUGAGAGAUUGGCAUCAAAACUGCAAGAGCACAGAGCUAAGGGAGUCUCAAUUCCAUUGAUGCACGAAGCAAUGCAGAAGUGGUAUUACAAAGAUCCUCAGGGAGAAAUUCAAGGUCCCUUCAAUAAUCAGGAGAUGGCGGAAUGGUUUCAGGCGGGCUAUUUUACCAUGUCUUUAUUGGUGAAGAGAGCGUGUGAUGAAAGCUUCCAACCUCUUGGUGAUAUCAUGAAAAUGUGGGGAAGGGUUCCCUUCUCUCCCGGUCCAGCUCCCCCGCCUCAUAUGGGAGAGUUGGACCAGGAACGACUGACCAGGCAGCAGGAGCUCACGGCCUUGUACCAGAUGCAGCACCUUCAGUACCAGCAGUUCUUGAUACAACAACAAUAUGCGCAGGUUUUGGCUCAGCAACAGAAAGCAGCCCUGUCUUCGCAGCAGCAGCAACAGUUGGCACUUCUUCUCCAACAGUUCCAGGCUCUGAAGAUGAGAAUAUCUGAUCAGAACAUCAUUCCUUCAGUAACUAGGUCUGUGUCAGUGCCAGAUACUGGUUCUAUCUGGGAGCUUCAGCCAACAACCUCACAGCCUACAGUUUGGGAAGGUGGUAGUGUAUGGGAUCUUCCCCUUGACACCACGACUCCAGGACCUGCCCUUGAACAGCUUCAGCAGAUGGAGAAGGCCAAAGCUGCAAAGCUAGAACAGGAGAGAAGAGAGGCAGAAAUGAGGGCAAAACGGGAAGAGGAGGAGCGAAAGAGGCAAGAAGAACUCCGGAGACAACAGGAGGAAAUCCUUCGGAGGCAGCAGGAGGAAGAAAGGAAGAGGCGGGAAGAGGAAGAGCUCGCCCGAAGGAAACAGGAAGAAGCUCUGCGACGUCAAAGGGAGCAAGAAAUUGCAUUAAGGCGACAGCGAGAAGAGGAAGAAAGACAACAGCAAGAAGAAGCUCUUAGGAGACUGGAAGAGAGGAGGAGAGAAGAGGAGGAAAGGCGGAAGCAGGAGGAGUUGUUACGCAAGCAGGAGGAGGAGGCUGCAAAAUGGGCCCGGGAAGAAGAAGAAGCCCAGCGUCGAUUAGAGGAGAACCGGCUGAGAAUGGAAGAGGAGGCGGCCCGACUCCGGCAUGAAGAGGAGGAGCGGAAGAGGAAGGAGCUGGAGCUGCAGCGGCAGAAGGAGUUAAUGCGCCAGAGGCAGCAGCAGCAAGAGGCCCUCCGGAGGCUGCAGCAGCAACAGCAGCAGCAGCAGCUGGCGCAAAUGAAGCUUCCCUCUUCUUCCACGUGGGGCCAGCAGUCCAAUACAACAGCAUGUCAGUCCCAGGCAACGCUGUCAUUGGCUGAAAUCCAAAAACUAGAAGAGGAACGAGAACGGCAGCUUCGAGAAGAGCAAAGGCGGCAGCAGAGGGAAUUGAUGAAAGCUCUCCAGCAGCAGCAGCAGCAGCAGCAGCAAAAACUCUCAGGUUGGGGGAAUGUCAGCAAACCUGCAGGUACUGCGAAGUCUCUUCUAGAGAUACAGCAGGAAGAAGCCAGGCAGAUGCAGAAGCAACAGCAGCAGCAGCAGCACCAGCAACCAAACAGAGCCCGGAACAAUACGCAUUCCAACUUGCACACCAGCAUUGGGAAUUCUGUUUGGGGCUCUAUAAAUACUGGUCCCCCUAAUCAGUGGGCGUCUGACCUAGUCAGUAGUAUCUGGAGUAAUGCAGACACUAAAAACUCCAACAUGGGAUUCUGGGAUGAUGCAGUGAAAGAGGUGGGACCUAGGAAUUCUACAAAUAAAAAUAAAAACAACGCCAGUCUCAGUAAAUCUGUAGGUGUGUCUAACCGGCAGAAUAAGAAAGUAGAAGAAGAAGAAAAGUUGCUGAAGCUCUUUCAGGGAGUAAAUAAAGCCCAAGAUGGAUUUACCCAGUGGUGUGAACAGAUGCUUCAUGCCCUUAAUACGGCAAAUAACUUGGAUGUUCCCACAUUUGUUUCUUUCCUGAAAGAAGUAGAAUCUCCUUAUGAGGUCCAUGAUUAUAUUAGGGCCUAUCUAGGAGAUACAUCUGAGGCCAAGGAGUUUGCCAAGCAGUUCCUCGAGCGCCGUGCCAAACAGAAAGCCAACCAACGGCAGCAGCAGCAGCAGCAGCAGCAGCAGCAGCAGCAGCAGCAGCAACAGCAGCAGCAGCAGCAGCAGCAGCAGCAGGACUCUGUGUGGGGAAUGAAUCACAGUGCACUCCAUUCAGUAUUUCAGACCAAUCAAAGCAACAACCAACAAUCCAAUUUUGAGGCCGUACAAAGUGGCAAGAAGAAGAAAAAGCAGAAGAUGGUCCGAGCAGAUCCCAGUUUAUUAGGGUUUUCAGUCAAUGCUUCAUCAGAGCGACUCAAUAUGGGUGAAAUCGAGACUUUGGAUGACUACUGA